AUGUCUUCGCCGGCCUGGAAGUUUUUCUCUGUGGCAGCGGAGGACAAUGCCAUUGCUAUUUGCAACACAUAUAAAUGGACGUGUUUCAGUUCCAGCUCCAGUUUUUAUGGCAUGUCUAAUGAGAACAAGAGCUGGGAGGAGAGCAGAAAGGACUGCAGGGACAAAGGAGCAGACCUACUGAUCAUAAACAGCAAAGAGGAACAGCUGGGCAAUUUCGAGGCUUGGAUUGGUCUGAGUGCAAAGAUAAAGAGGGAGAAUGGAAAUGGGUAUUGGGCUGAAGGGGAACUGAAUAAUGCAGAUGAAGAGGACUGUACUGUGAUUUAUGCUUCAUCUAAGACUGUCUGGAAUGACAGAUCAGCGAAGUCUCACGCGGUUUCUGCAUAUGUGAACUACGCCCAGGAGAGAGAGAGCGCAUCGAGAGUUGUGCAAAUCCACGAGGACACAGACACUGUUAGUCGUCACAACCCCAAAACAACGGUGGUGGAUAACACCAUGAAGACUCAACACACAGGGCGGACCACUCCAGGGGACAGAUGUUACAAUCUGGCUGUGGCAUGUGUGCUGUUUCUGUGUGUUCUCCUGCUGACUGCUGCCACAGUGCUGUGGAUCAAAUUCGGCAUCCUGAAUACAGAAUUUGACAAGUUACAGACCACAUAUAGCACUCUUAUAACAGAGCAAGAUCAGUUACAGACCAGUUACAAGUAUCUGACUACAGAGAGAAAUCGGUUAUGGACAAAGACCAUGCAAAUGGGUUUAGAGAGAGACCAUUUGAAGGCCAGAAACAACAACCUGACAAUAAACAGAGAUGAGCAAAAGGCCACAAUUAAGAACUUGGACAAUGAAAUUGAGCAGCUACAGAACAUGUAUAAUAAACUUCAAAACAUGUUGAACACUAUAAGUAAAAUGAGGUGGGUCACUUUUAAUUCCAGUUUUUAUGGCAUGUCUAAUGAGAGAAAGAGCUGGGAAGAGAGCAGAAAUGACUGCAUGGACAAAGGAGCAAACCUGCUGAUCAUAAACAACAAAGAGGAACAGGAGUUCAUCGGUAAACAGCUGGUCAAUCUUGAGACUUGGAUUGGUCUGAGUGACAGAGAUAAAGAGGGAGACUGGAAAUGGGUGGACGGUAAAUCAUUGAACACUACGUACUGGAAUCAAGGGGAACCGAAUAAUGCAGAUGGUGAGGACUGUGCUGCGAUUUAUGCUUCACCUGGGACUUUCUGGAACGACAAGAAAUGUUCUGCUCAAUUACCAUGGAUCUGUGAGAAAGGUGUUUCUCAGUGAUGUAUAUCAUUUUAAAUGAAAAGUGCAUAUACAUAAAUUGAGCCAAAUACAUAAAAUAUAAAAGACAAUAUUUUGAUGAUGAUUCUGUUUCAGUGUCUGCUUGUAUUUUAAGUAAUCUUUUUUUUUUUCCGUGAUUUUUUAAUUAACAGUAAAAUGAUCCAUGUUAAAAACAAAUAUUUUAAUAAAUUUGUAUAGAGCACGGCGGGGUCAUUUUUCUUUUAUUUCUGAAAAUACUCAUGACGUGGUGAUAUGCAGCCUGGUGCAAAGCAGAGUUACUCUUACCCCUCUGAAGGUGAUUAGCUAUCUAUAAUAGCAGAAUUAAUGCUUAAUUCAUGUUGACUCCAUUUUACUACAGCAGUUUCUAUAAAAGAAAUGCGCCUGUUUUAUUUGCAAUCUGAUUUAUUUCCUGUUUUAAUUCAUCAUUGUCUAGUUUCCACUCCACUCAUCAAUUAUUGUAUACAUGAGCCCAUUGUUUUCAUCUUUAGUUUCAGUCCUGGUGUUUUGUAUCUUGGUGUAUCCUUAAU